UAUGUAUUUUUUGCUCUUUACAGGGUAAAAUUCUGUACAAAGUGAGAUGGAAGGGAUAUACCUCGGAUGAUGAUACCUGGGAACCAGAGGUUCAUCUGGAAGACUGUAAAGAAGUGCUACUUGAAUUCAGAAAAAAAAUUGUGGAUAAUAAGCCUAAGCCUGUUAAAAAGGACAUACUGAAGCUGUCUUUAAAUGAUGACUUAUUUGAGGCAGAAUCUGACAGUGACUGGCAAAGUGAAGCAAAAGACGACACAUCGCCAAAGAAGAAAAAGAAAAAAUCAAAAGAUGGGGAGGAUAGAAGCUCAGAUGAUAUGAAAAAGAAAAAAUCAAAGUCUGCUAAAGUCAAAGAGAAACCCAGACUUGAACGUGAAAAUUCAUCAGAUAGUUUGAUUUUAGAUUCAAAACCAAAGAAAAGAAUUUCAGAAACCAAGGAAGAUUCAAAAGAUCCUAAGAAGCAAAAGAAAGAAGAAUCUAAAGAAACCAAGAAAAAGAAGGGAGAAAUUAAAGACUUAAAGACAAAAUGUAAAGAGGAUUCUAAAGAAAAUAAAAAACUGCGAAAGGAAAAACAUGGUGACCUUCAGUUUGACUCUGAGUCAAGUGCCAUAGAUGAUUCAUUUUCUCAAGCAGCUGAUAAUGAAAAUUCAGACUUGUGUACUGAGGGUAGAGAGGAGAAACAAACAAUAAAAAGUGGAAAAGAGAAAUCUGAACAGGAAAUUGUUCUGAAGGAUACCAUUGGUGACAGGCAGCCAGAUGGAUCAGCAAGUACUGAAGAAGAUAGCAUUGAACUUAAGGUUAAAAGGAAAAAGAAGAAACUUAAAAAGGUUGAGGAUUAUAAAGAAGAAAAUAAAAAAGUGGAAACAAAGGACAGCUAUUUGGAGAAGAAAAACAUGCACAAAAAACAAAAAGCUCAAGAAAAGGCAAAAACUUCUGUAGAGUUAGACAAAGUUUCUUCUACACCUGCUUUAGUGCAAAAAAGUUUGAAAUCGUGUACUGAUGAGAGAGGGCGGAAGUCGACUGAUUCAUUUGGAGAGUAUCAGGAAAAGGAAGUAAAGAAAAAUGAAACAAAAGAAAAGUCCCAGAAACGGUACGAGUCUGAAAAGGAAGAGAAAGGCAGAAAAGAACAGAAGGGAUUAAAAAGUUUGAAGGAGAACAAAAGUGCAUUUGACUUGUUUAAUAUAUCUUCAGAAGAAAAAAAUGAAUACUCUGACAAUAACCGAAAAAGAGAAGACUCUUCAGUGGAUUAUAAAUUCAUAGAAGAAUUCAAAUCAAAAGAAAAUAAACAAUUAUACAAGGAAAGGAGGAGCGUAAGAGAUGAGACAGAUACCUGGACUUACAUUGCUGCAGAAGGUGAUCGGGAAGUGCUGGACAAUGUGUGUCAAAUGGAGGAGAAUUCUGAUGGAAGGCAACAAGUCUUGAGUUUGGGUAUGGACAUGCAGUUGGAAUGGCUGACGCUGGAAGACUUUCAGAAGCAUUUGGAUGGAGAAGAUGAGACUCAUUCUUCAACAGAACCGUUAUCAAGUACUCUACUGAGGGAUGCUGUUAAAAAUGGAGACUACGUUACAGUAAAGUUGGCACUUAACUCAAAUGAAGAAUAUAACCUGGAUCAGGAGGAUUCAAGUGGAAUGACUCUAGUGAUGCUUGCUGCCGCAGGAGGACAUGAUGACCUCCUCCGGCUCCUUAUCAGGAAAGGAGCGAAAGUAAACUGUAGACAGAAAAAUGGAACAACUGCAUUGAUACAUGCAGCUGAAAAAAACUUUCUAACUACAGUGGCUAUUCUUUUGGAAGCUGGGGCCUAUCUCAAUGUCCAGCAGAGUAAUGGUGAAACUGCUUUAAUGAAGGCUUGUAAGAGAGGAAAUUCCGACAUUGUUCGACUUAUGAUUGAAAGUGGAGCAGAUUGCAACAUUUUGUCAAAGCAUCAAAACAGUGCACUUCAUUUUGCUAAACAGUGUAAUAACGUACUAGUUUAUGACCUGCUUAAGUGUCACUUGGAGACACUCUCAAGAGUAGCAGAAGAUGCAAUUAGAGAUUACUUUGAAGCUCGUCUUGCCUUGCUGGAACCUGUCUUUCCGAUUGCAUGUCAUCGUCUAUGUGAAGGACCAGAUUUUUCUAUGGAUUUCAACUAUAAACCCCCACAGAAUGUGCCAGAAGGAUCUGGAAUUCUUCUAUUUGUUUUCCAUUCAAACUUCUUUGGUAAAGAAGUAAUUGCUCGGCUCUGUGGACCAUGCAGUGUGCAAGCUGUGGUUUUAAAUGAUAAAUUCCAGCUUCCUGUAUUUUUGGAUAGUCACUUUAUUUAUUCCUUCAGUCCUGUUACAGGCCUUAACAAGCUUUUUAUACGGUUAACAGAAGCACCUACUGCCAAGGUAAAGUUGCUCAUAGGCGCAUAUAGAGUGCAGUUGCAGUGACCUCAUGGAGCUAAAGGAUAAUGAUUAUUCACUCAACGCUUUGGACAUACUUCUGAUUCCUCUAUUUUAGAGACUCCUAAAGCAGUUUGGAACUUUGGCACAUGCACUAUUCUCAGAUUGUGUUCCCAUCUUAACACAUGUAAUCAGGCAAUCUAUUUGAAAAUACCUGUUGGAUAGCAGAUAAAUGUUCUACUCUAAUGGGUGGGAAGGGGUUGUCAGUUUUAUUUUGUACAGGUGUAGAUGUAUUUGUGCCAUACCUGUAAUUCCAUUGUUUUUCUUUGAUUUGUGGAGUGAGUCCAAACUGCAUAUUUCAGCUUUUCCACAAUGUGGAAUGGUGCAUAUAAGAGCUAGUUAAGAAAAUUAGAAGAAAUGUCUUUUUUUUUUAGAAAUUAUAAAGAUCUUCAUUUGUAAACAAAAUUUUUCUACUUGUCCUAAUGGUAAUGUUUCCAUGUAAAAUGCACAGCUGGUGUAUUCUUAGAGCAGUGGGCAGAAUUAACUUAAAGUUUCUGCAUUACAUGCUAACGGCUGCAUUCUUGUUGGUGGAUAAAGGAGAUCAGUCAGUCAUCAGUGGGACUUCAUGUCAAGAAUAAGCUAGCAGUUAGACUUACGGUUCCUUCAGGUCAUGCCUAAGUUUGUUUUGAAAGCAUAGUUUAUAUUAAAGUUUCAAAAGCUACUUUUAUAUUGGAGAAACAAUUGAUAGUUUUACAUAUAACUUUUCAAGUCUUCUCAUGUACACACAGAGGAAAAUACACACCUACCAAUAAACUAGACCAAUUGUAAUUACUUUCAGUUGCAAGACAAUACUUUUAUAGAGAAAAGGAUGCUCACAGGGUUCUGACUAUUUAAAACCUUUUAAGUGAGAUAUCAUAUAUUGCCCUCUAAUCCAGACGUUAAUUCCUCAAAGCAAAGAGCUGCUAUCUCUUAUUUAAAUGGCCUGUUUUAUUAAAUGACAGCAUUUCUGUAAUGAUUUUGUGCUGUUAAAUACAAAUGUAAAACUUCUGUAUGAAGUAUAGAACAAUAUUUUGUUUGUAAAUUAAACGUCUCUUUGAAAGGUAAAAAAAUCCAGAUUGUGCCUUGCUGUUCUGGUUGCUAUAUGUAACUUACAUGCCAGUAUGUGCCUAUAUUGUUACCAAAACUAUUGUGGAAGAAAUACUUAUUGUAUUAGAGUGCUCACCAUUAAAAUGGUGUGUCUGUGUUUUUAAAAAAACCUGAUUUUAUGUAAUUUCAAACAGAUUAGUUUCUGAUUCUGAAAGAAAAUCUAAAGGGUUUACUUUUAAAAAACAAAGUUUUUAAUUCUUCAAUUACAUUAGUUUUAAUUAAAGCACAUGAUUUCAGUCUUGUGGAAUAUCACUUUAAACUAAAUAAAACUAGAACAGUCACACAACCUUUGCAAAUAUAUAUUUCUACUUUGUAUCAAAGUAACUACUUAUCCUUUAUUUAAACACUGUGUAUGGAAAUUAACUAAUCUGUUCUGAGAUGAUGUAGCUAGUCUACAAUCUUGUAAUGUUAAAUCCCUCAUUUAUUACUUCAACAUAAUAGGUGUGAAAGUGAACACACUAGUUCAAGAACAAGUACAAACAAACCCAUACCAUUCUGAAUCUUUUAUGUAAAUGCAGUUUUCACAUUUUGCGAGUUGCCCUGUAGAAGUCUAUUCAUCUUUAACUUGGCCAUUGUGAAAUAACUGAGUUUAAGAGCUUGCCCCGAUGGCAGUCAGAAGCCAAAAACUUUUAUGUUAAUAGGAACGGGUUCUGUUCCUCAAUCUCCCAAUUUUCCUUAUUUCAGAGGGCUUUUUCCCUUAUGUAUAGUUGGCUACAGUAGUCAUUUUUCAGUACUUGUGCAGUUCCAUAGGCGUGCAUGGUGCUUUCAACAAAAUGUGAUGGAUGUGCCAGAUGUGCAUUAUAAAGUGAUAUCUUUUUUGUAUUGAAACCUAUGAUGGGGGUUUGAGGAAUUAAAGUGCUAUGUCUGUGAUAAAAGAUCUUUAAACAGACUAUUACCUUAAGCAGUUGUUUUUUUAUAACAUAGCCACCACUUAGAAAUUACUUUCUUCAGUGCAAGGUACAUAAAACUAACCUAAAAUAUUACUAGUAAUAUCAAUGGCUACUCUCCAAGUUACUGUUGUCACAGAUUUGUCAGGGACGUGUUGCUUUUUCUUCUUUUGGUGGGGUAGGAAGAGAAAUGGAAAUGAGUGAAUUAAUGAUAUUUUGUUUUGGUUACAUAUUUAUUAUCUUAAGUUAGCAUAGCCAGUGCUGUAGUGCCAAACAGACAGAUGUCUGUUUCCUGUAGUGCCUGGUACUGCUCUUUGUGCAAUGUGGGCCUAGGGCCAUUUGCUAGCAUGACCCCAUAGUCUGUCAGCUCUGGUGGUAGGGUUGCUUUCCUCCUCAAUCACAGAAAGAAAAGGGGAGCAGGAGGCCAGAGGUUCAUAGGGUAAAUUCAUCAAUGCUAUGUGAACUAGGCUGAGAUCAACCAGGCUACAUGGAUAGAUAUUUACAUACACGGCCCUUCCAGAAAAAAUGGUUAGUUACCUCAUAACUGUUGUUCAAAUGCUUGCUCGUCUCCAUUCCAGUUAGGGGUGUGCACACUGCAUGCAUGGAUUCCAGAGCUUUUUCCCUUAGCAGUACCUGUCAG